UUUGUGCGUGUCAUGGCUGAUACUCUCAGAACGUGUCAUUUAUAGUGAUAUCGUUUGAAAUUAAUUCAUUUCACAACCUGUUCCCAGUUUAACCACCGACAAGCAACAUGUGGUUCAUGUUUUUAAUGAGCUGGGUAGCUCUCGUUAUUCAAAUAUUCGUGGUAACAUUGUCCAUAGCUGCAGGUCUGUACUACUUGGCGGAGCUGGUUGAAGAAUACACAGUCACUACUGCCAAGAUCAUCCGGAUUCUCAUUGUUCUAACAACUGUUGUGUACAUCUGCAUCUUCCUGUUUGAAGAGUUUCCACUCUCUGUCAUAGUGUGUGGGCUUGGAGCCAAUAUUUCCUACUUUUUCUUACUAAAGAGCUUCCCAUACUUCGAGAUGAGUUCUGUACCUUUAAUCAGUGGCAUAGGACUGAUGUUAUUAAAUCACUAUCUGUCAUUUUCACACUUUUCUGAAGUUUGGUACCCCUUCUCAGAGGUCCUUGCAUUCUUCACAAUAUGUCUGUGGCUGGUGCCGUUCGCAUUCUUUGUGUCGCUGUCAGCCAAUGAAAAUGUGUUGCCAACACUGUCAGAAACACAGCCAAGAAACACAGAUGAAAGUGAUGUUGUCAGUAACUAUUUCCGAAAGAAGGGGAAGAAGUAUGGCCUCCUGUCCUUCUUCAAAAUGGCGCAUGAGAAUGUGCUACCCCAGAGAGUCAAGAAACAGUUUUAACAAUUUAAACACCUCCACUUGAUCUGAUAAAGACUAGAUUUCAAGAGGAAAGUGCCAUUUCUGACUGAGGAUGAAGUGUGUAGUAUUUGCAUGACUUGUAUAGACAUUGUUCUUGGUUGAUAGAUCCAUUUGUUAUCCGUUUGGUUCCCACAGGAAACUUGGAAGCCUUUACAGGUGUGUACAUUGUCCGACCAGCAUUACACUGGUAGUGUCUGGUGCUUUUGUUCAUUUUUUAUACUGUUUUCAUUGUAAUUAGCUCAUGGAAUGUUCUUUAACUGGACUAUAGGUUCCAAUUUAGUUUCGCUAGUUAUAUAUCUAG